UCGUGCCAUUAGCUUUUGAUUUCAGAAAAACACUUACAAAGAUCUUUCUUACUUCGAAGAAAUCUUCUUCUCUCUUCCAUAAAAAACAUCCUAAACCCGGAACCAAAGAUCGAUAUUCAUGGCUCUCUUCGACACUCAUAACACAUGGGCCUUUGUUUUCGGCUUGCUCGGAAACCUCAUUUCCUUUGCUGUUUUCCUCUCUCCCGUGCCAACGUUCUACAGGAUUUGUAAGAAGAAAACCACAGAAGGAUUUCAAUCUAUUCCCUACGUGGUGGCGCUCUUCAGUGCGAUGCUUUGGCUCUACUACGCUACUCAGAAGAAAGAUGUCUUCCUUCUCGUCACCAUCAACAGCUUUGGUUGCUUCAUUGAAACCAUCUACAUCUCCAUCUUCGUUGCCUUCGCAACCAAGAAAGCUAGAAUGCUAACAGUGAAGCUGUUGUUGCUUAUGAACUUUGGAGGAUUCUGUUUGAUUCUCCUCCUCUGCCAAUUCUUGGCAAAAGGAACCACACGUGCCAAGAUCAUUGGAGGAAUCUGUGUCGGAUUCUCUGUCUGCGUUUUCGCUGCGCCGCUUAGCAUUAUCAGAACGGUGAUAAAGACGAAAAGUGUGGAGUACAUGCCAUUUAGCUUAUCCUUGACUCUUACCAUCAGUGCGGUCAUAUGGCUCCUUUAUGGUCUUGCUCUUAAGGACAUCUAUGUUGCCUUCCCUAACGUGAUUGGGUUUGUUCUCGGUGCACUUCAAAUGAUACUUUACGUGGUUUACAAAUACUGCAAAACGCCGUCGGAUUUGGUUGAAAAAGAACUCGAAGCCGCGAAAUUGCCAGAAGUGAGCAUUGAUAUGCUGAAGUUAGCUACACUGACAUCUCCUGAACCAGUCGUCCGAUCCGUGAACACGUGUAACUGUAACGAUCGAAAGGCUGAGAUUGAAAAUGGUCAGGGAGUUAGAAACAGUGCAGCUGCUACUUGAGUUAGCCCUAUAUUAAGAAACCUAUUUGUUGACU